GGCCUGCGAGCAGAGGUGCUGUGGGGGUAACUUCUAAAUGACGUUGCCAUGUAUUUCUCCUCCUCAUAAGUUGAGUAAACACUCAAGUGCAGUUAUUUCGAGCUGAGGACGGACAGAAGUGAAAAUGAAGCUGUUGGCAUGCCUUUUUUGCGUGGUCUUAUUGACCUUCUGCACUGAUGCAAACCCCAUCAUUAAGGAGAGCUUUGCAAAGCAGCUACUCCGCACUAAGAGACAGAAGCCUGGACACUUUGAUGAACCUUUGAGGGAACACAUGCUGCAUAUGCAGAGGCUGGAGCAGAGGGCUCGAGAGACCAAUAUGGAGCACUGGCUGAACCCUCACUGCUUCCCUCGUUGUGACCGCAACUACGGCUACCCUGUGUAACUGGCCUGCAGUGAUCCAUAGGUUGAAGACAAGAAUUCCGGUGACGACAGUGCUGAUAUAGACAACGAAAUGGAUUGCAAUAAAAAAGACCCUGAAAAGCUGAAGCUGAGGCCAAGGACACAAAAUCCUCGAAGACACCCACCUAUCGAUAUAGAAACAUUUUUAGAUGUCUUAUUUAGAUGGAAAAUCUCAGUUUGUUUUUUAGUUUAAAAAAAAAAUCGAAUUACAACACUUCAUUUUAAAUAAGAGACCAAUAAUCAAAAUUAAAAUGCUUUGCUUUAAA